UAUUUUAUUGGCAAACGGGUGAACAGUUCCUCGUGUAUUUCAACGAGGAACUGUAGCUCUUCUACUUCUUAGGCGAAAUCCACGAGCCUGAUAACACAGGGUUUUGGGGGAUUUUCUUGGAGAUGGCUCGUUAUUUUAGUUUAGAAGAGAGAGUAGUGAGAGAGAUGUGGAUGCCCUAACAACCUCAAAAUUUUCAAAUUCAGAUAAUAACUCACCGGGGCCCACGUUGCCUCCCUCGUUUUCUCUCCGGCCGGCCGCCCUUACGUCCACGGCGACCCCUCCUUCAACGCCCCCAUCGACCCCCCCUCCCUUCUCUCUCUAUCUCUUUCUCUUCCCCCAGGCUUCUCUCUCUCUCUCUCUCUCUCUCUCUUCUCGGUGAACGUCAUUGCCUGUUCGAAGUUAGCGUUUCAGUCAUGAAUCCCUCUCAUGAAUCCCUGUUAUUGGCUAUGGAUUUCGGACUGGGUGAGGUUUCCUAGAGUGUUGGGGUUUCCUCUGAUCGUCCGUCAUGAAAAAAAACAAUCGCUCUUCACGUUCUAUUCUAAUCUAGGGUUUCAGACUUUCAGUCAUCGAACCUUCUCAAUCCGGUCAACUGUACGAUAAAAUCUCUCAGAUCUACACGCCCCACAAAAAAUCUUACCGUUUUGAAUUCGGACGGGGAGUUAGGGUUUUGAGAAAAUUUAACCGUUUUGCCUGGGUCGAAAUACUUGGGGUUCGGAGAUGGUGAGGCCCUCCGAGAACUGGGAGCGGCUGGUACGGGCGACUCUGCGGAGGGAGAAGCUCCGCCACCACGGCCGCGGCCGCCACGAGAGGGAGCCUAGCGGCAUCGCCGGCUCCGUGCCGCCGUCGCUCACCCGGGAGACCAACAUUGACCUGAUUUUGCAGGCCGCCGACGAGAUUCAGUCCGAGGACCCCAAUGUCGCCCGUAUCCUCGUUUUGCUCAAAACUCUUAAUUUAUCUUGUGGGAACAGACAUUUAUCAUUAGCAAAAUGAGAAGACUAUCAAAGGAAGGACUGCAACGUACUGAUAAGAGAGUUGGCCUAAUGAAUGAAAUUUUGGCUGCCAUGGACACCGUGAAGUAUACUAUACUGCCAUCUUUGCUUGGAUUGUUUGGAUCUUAUAUAGAGUUAGAAUGUUAGGAGUGAUUAUCUGAUUUAAUGCCAAACAAUUUCUUUUUUGUUAUGCGUGGGAAGAGAAUUUCCAAUCCAAAGUUCGUGGCGUGAGGAAGGUUGAAC